UAAUAAAAAAAUUAGGUCGAAACGGUCAAACAGCAAAGAAAAAUGUAUACCUUUCUGGCGCUCGUCGAGUUUGACGGCGAGAUAGUCCUGGACGAAGACAUAAGGAUCCGGCGGCCUAGCAGCAAAGAGCUCGUGGCUGAGAUGCUGCAGGAGCGCCUGGAAGCCCGGCGGGACGUGGAAGAGGCUGGCCGGGCGCUGGUGGGGAUCGCGGACGGCGCAGACGGCGGCCGAGAGCGCGGAGGGAGACCUGGAGGUAGUUGCGGAUGCGCGCGCUGCCAUGCCCGUCGAGGAAGACCCCCGCGCCCCCGGUGGUUGCAGGUUCGGCGGUAAUAGGAUCGCUGCGCCACUGGCACUGGCUCCCAGUGCCACGGAUGCAGGUUGGCUCGUCUGCGAGACGCGACUCCCGCUCGGCCGAGGGGCGCUCAUGUUCCGCACAGUUCUGCAACAUCGGAAAGCGAAUUAUAACGGCGCGGAUCAGGAACCUAGGAUCUUUUCAGUACGACCCAGAGAAGGUUCGCCAACUGAAAUCUGAUCGACAAUUUUACAGGAACGCGAUGAAGACCGAAAGGUCACCUUGACAACUGAUACACAAAUCCUGCGAUUCGCCUUGGAUGUGGCCGUAUUGCGCUCGUUUCGCUCGGCAGAGUUGAUUUCUUGCACUAAACUGGAAAUUUUCAAAAGGAGCUAACGGUCACCAUAAUAACUUCUAAAAAUACAGCGUUUCGACUGGGUUUUUUCUGUUUGGCGCUCGCUUCGCUCGGUGGAGCCAGUGCUGUACGUCCAUUUCGAAAUUCUCGAUAAGAAGGUAAAGGUCACACUUUUCACAUUGGAUUACGAAUUUUUGCGUUCGUUUCGCUCGAUAGAGCAAUUGUUUUCGUCCGUGUCUUAAGCAGAGCUAAAGGUUACGCGUUUCGCGUUGGAUUUUGCAUUGCUGCGCUUACAUGUUUUUCGUCGGUUUCGAAACCGAGCUAAAGGUCACCGUAAAAGCUUCCCGAGUUCACGAAAUUUUGUCUUGGAUUUUGCGGUAUUUUAGCAAUUGCUUCGCUCGGCGGAAAAGGAUAAAAUGAGUAGGCAGUUGGUUUUGCCGAUUUGUCGCAUCGUUACCGGUGUGAAAGCGGCUGCAACAGUCACGCACAACUGGACAAUUCCGUUCCACCUGAACGGUCCGCAUUGGCCUUGUUUAGCGGCUCGUGCGUGCGUGAAUGUAUAUACUGGCGCUGCUGCUGACAAGGCCACGCAUUCCACUGGUCAGUGCCGGCAAAAAGCCCCCUGCGCGGCGCUGAAUGCGCGUUAGUCUUCUUGUUUACCGGCUGUGGCGUGCUGCUGGCAGGUCGGUUAUACGGGCGACAUGCAAAAUGACUGUACAGUAUGGACAGCUGACACUGCAGAGCACAACGCAGUGCCAGUGCGUGCGAUGCUUAAUUACACACCGGUCUCAUUAUGGCUUGAUGAUGAUGUGAUCGAUUUCUGCGGUCUGAUUUCCUGCUAUGCGGAAAUUGUUAACAGCGGAAAAUGGUGCCGGCCUUCUGGAAAUAUCGCAGAAAGCCUCCAUGGUGGCGCUAACGAUCGCGGCCUUCUGCACCAGCCACCUGCUGGUCCGCAGCCAGGGUCCCGACGACGAUGGCGGCCCGGACGGUCCCUAUCCCGACGGCCCCGGCGGUGGGCCCAUAGCCAUGCCCUUUAACGAGUUUAUCGGAGCGGUUCUGCCCGCCGACGACGGCAACCCGCCCUACGACGCUAUGGAUAUGACGGCCGCCGGGUCCAUGUCACCACCGGGAUAUAAUAACGGCUACGACAGCAAGGUCUUCGGAAAAUUCCCCAACCGGCUAAACAUUUAUGGAUUAUACGAUUACCGGCAACCGGGAUUUUAUAAUCGGCCUUAUGCGGGACUAUACGCCAAGACGAAUAAUUAUCCGCCGCGACCGAUGAACUACAGACCGGCCAGUUAUCGCCAACCCGAUCGCCAAUAUCCGGGCAGGCCUUAUGGAAAGCCCGGGGGAAAUUAUCCCAUGCAAAAAAGUCUGCCGAUAACAUUCGACCGAAGCGACGGCCCGCGCAACAAUUACCCGAAUUACCGGCCGCCGGCGCCGCGCUACACCCGCAACGACGAAUAUCACCGACCACCGCCGCCGCCCGCGUACGGUCCGGCGCUGCGGCAGCCCAAAGACUACGACACCCGCCCGGCAUACGGUGGCUCCGCCUACUCCCCGGAUUUCUACCGGCUGGCCGAAGAGCCGCCCGCCUCCGGGCCGCCGCCCGGCUACCUGCACAUGCUGGAGCAGCGGCGGCGCACGCAUAAUCUCCUGCUUCUCUAUUUGCUCACGCACCACCGAUAAAAUAAUAAUAAAAAUCGUGCAAAAAAGCGCAAGCGGUGCACAUAGAAAUUCAACGCCGGUUUUGACCGGAAGUGUUUGCGGUGUCAUCACAAAUUGAAUAAAAAUGUAAAAAGAGCGAAAGCAUGCGAGGAUCGUCGGUUAGCGGCGCGAAUCGGCCGAUGAGGACGACGUGGUGGACCAGCCGCGGGCGCGCCGUUUCAGGGGGCGCCACCGGCGACGGAGCUGCCGGACGGGCUGCGGGAGGAUGCCGACGGGGAGACGCUGCUGCUGCUGCUGCCGGCGCGCUGCUUCCGGAUCGGCACCGGCUUCUUCCUUGAGCUGCAAUUAUUUACAUUUACAUAUGAUUUUUUUUAUUUAAAAUGAAUAAUUAAUUCGCCUCUACCGUAAUUUAUUUACAUAUU